UGCGUUUGACGUGUUUGGUUUUGACUAGACGUUCUCGACGUACCUAAUUCUUGCCCUAAAGUCAACAGAUAGUCUCACAAAAUGACUUGAGAAGAAAGCUGCUUUUUAUUUUUAUAUUCCCAAUUAUGAACCAAUAAAAAUGAACAGCUUAGGCUUGAGUUUAAUUUUAAAAAUGGGCUGCAUAUGCGCCAAAGAAACGAUCACAAUAAAUGCAAGAAAGUACAUCGUUCGCGAACAUCUUGCAGAAGGAGGGGAACGUUGGCUAGUGAAUUGGAAAGGAGAGCGAAAACUAGCGACUAUUUGAGUCCAAUGGAAGUUUUAAAUAUUUUUUUACAAAUUUGCGAAGCAGUUAAGGCUUUUCAUGAAGCAAAACCGGAACCUCUUGCUCAUCGAGAUUUAAAGACUGCAAAUAUUCUUCUUGGCGAUGGCAUGACUGCAGUAAUAAUGGAUUUAGGAUCCGUGGCACCAGCGAGAGUGAAAGUUUGUGGCAACCAAGAGGCACAAACCCUCCAAGAUGUUGCCGCCGAAAGAUGUUCGAUGCCUUACAGAGCUCCUGAAUUAUUCAACGUUGAAAGUUAUUGCAUGGUUGAUGAGCGGACCGAUAUUUGGUCUCUAGGAUGUAUUUUGUACGCUCUGUGCUACUUCAAAUCUCCAUUCGAUACUGUACACGAAAGAGGAGACAGUGUGGCACUUGCUGUGAUAAGUGCAAACAUAAAUUUUCCAGAAAAUUCACCGUACAACGAUGAUAUGAAAGAAUUGAUACUUUCGAUGUUAAAAUCGAAUCCAAUGGAACGUCCAUACAUUUACAGUGUCAUCGAAAAUGUCCACGAUGUGAUUGGAAAGCUGGAAGUCAGAGCGUAAUUCAUUAUUAAAUAUUUCUAUUUUAUCAAUUUAAAUUGUGCAGCAAUUUAACAUUUUUUAGACUACACUUCGACACUAAUGUUACUAAUCCUUAUUUUAAGACAGAGUUAUAUUUAACUUAUUAUUUUUAUUGCCGAUUUAUAAUCAGUGAAACGAUUAAAGAAAAAAAAAACUUUACACGCGAAAUAUUUAGUGUACAAAGUUUAUCUUUAUGAAAGUAUUUUAUACAUUGCAAUAUUCAUAGAUUAUAAUAUACAAAGAAAGAAUUGUAGAUAAGGUAUGCAAGGAAGAUAAUUAAGGCAUAAUUUUAUUUUUAUUGUAAAUCAUGAAUUAUUGUAGAUAUUUUAACGAUUGACUGUAAAAAAGCUGGACCAAGUGUGAUUAAUUUUUAUGAAAUACAUCUCAGUUUUAUUAUACUAGAAAA